UUUUUUUUUUUCAUUUAUUUAGUAAAUGAAGAUGGCACAAUCAAAUCCCACUAAUGUAAUUCGUUUUCUACAUGUUAUUGAAAACUUGAAAAGAACUAAACGAACUGGAUGGUUGGAUAAUGGCAUUCAACAAGCUGAAUCUAUUUCUGAUCACAUGCAUCGCAUGGGUGUUAUGGCCAUGCUUGUCAAUGAUCCAUCUAUUAAUAGAGAAAAAUGUAUAAAAAUGGCUAUUGUUCAUGAUCUUGCUGAAGCUGUUGUGGGUGAUAUUACACCUCAUGCUGGUGUCAGUAAAGAAGAAAAAUUCAGGUUGGAAAAGAAUGCUAUGGAUGGUUUCAAAGAAUCUUUAGGAAAUACAGAGACCGCAAAAGAAAUUGUUGAUUUAUGGCUUGAAUAUGAGGAUGCAAAGACACCGGAAGCAUUAUUUGUUAAAGAUUUGGAUAAAUUUGAAAUGAUUGUACAAGCUUUGGAAUAUGAAAAAUCGGAUAAGAAAAAGUUGCAAGGCUUUUUUGAUUCCACCAAGGGUAAAUUUCAACAUCCUGCUGUUAAGGCUUGGGCUGAAGCAUUAUAUAAAGAAAGAGAAGAAGUAUUGAAACAAUUAGAUUAAAUAAAAAAAAAAUCUUUUGCAUAGCAGCAAUAUCUACAGAUUGAACAUAAUCUUCCAAAUCUUGAAUGGCAUCAGUCAAGUCAUCCAUCAUAACCUUAUCAUCUU